UCUCGACAACGCCGAGGUCAAAGGACACACGGACAAGUGCAUGUGCGUCUCGCUUUGAAGCUGUAGAACGGCUGCGUUCAACCCCAAAGCGGGAAGCGAAGUCAAUUACACUCCGUAAACGCUUGGAUAGCAUAGCUGGACUGCCUCCGUCCGGUAACAGCUACCAUGAUGCUCCCUUCGCAGAGGAUGCUCGCUUUUCGAAAUUUAUCGCCUCUCUCAGCGUCCAUGUCCGCAGCAAGAGCAUCGCCGCUUGUAGCAGCGCGCUCUACCAGAGCCAGGUCCUUAUCUACGCCGACCGCGUCCUUGACCACCUCCGCCAUCAGAUGCACCUCCUGCCUGAACGCUGCCGCUGUCGCCGCAGCAGCAGAACAGGCACAAUCGCAGCGCUGUAGUUCAAGGGGCACGAUCUCCGCCCGGUGCUCAUCGUUGGCAACAUCGGCAGUGCGAGGGUAUCGGCGUGCGUUCUCUACGAACACACGCAUUCUCGCAUAUCCUCGAAAACGCUUUUUGGUCCCCGCUCAACCGUUUGAAGAAGCGUCUGCCAGCUCUUCAACAGCAGAGGGGUCAGCAGCUGUAGGCACAGGAUUAAGGGCGGCCACUUCAACUGUUGAGCAAGCUCAGGCAGACGGGUCCAGAUCAGUGUCAGCGUCUGAAGGAAAAGGCGACGGAAGCUCCGGUGCGCCUGCUUCAUCAGGAGGGAGUGGCAGCGGAGACUCAAGUUCCUCAAAAGGUGACAGCAGUGUACCUGGCGGCCAAGACGGCUCAGACGGCAAAGGCUCUUCAGCUGGAUCAGGGCCAGGAAGUGGCAGUGGCAACAGCGGGGCAGCAUCCGGUGGAAGUGGCGGCCCUUCCUCUUCCUCUUCCUCGGGCAUUAACAACACGUCUCUCUCGCGUCAGAGUGUUCCAGAUGUGUACCCGCAAGUUCUUGCUUUGCCCAUUACCCGUCGUCCCCUAUUCCCAGGCUUUUACAAGGCAGUCGUGAUAAAAAACCCCGCCGUCUGCGCCGCGAUCCGCGAAUCGCAGCGGAGGGGGCAGCCGUACGUUGGAGCCUUCUUACUUAAAGAUCAGGAGGAGGACAGCGAUGUGAUUACAGAUAUAAAUAAAGUACACCGCACUGGUGUCUUCUGUCAGGUCACCAGCACCUUUCAGGCCUCCUCCUCUUCACCCAGUAUCAAUACAUCCAAGCGCAGCGGCAAGGAAGGCACAGCUGAAGGCGGCUCAGGCUCAGGAGCAGCCCCAGUUGAGGAAGAAGGCCUUACAGUGGUACUGUAUCCACAUCGGAGAAUCAAGAUCGAUGAGCUCAUCACUCCGCAUGGGCUGCUGUCAUCGGAUGGAAAGCCAGCGGCUAGCGAGUUGGGAGACGCUUCGCCGAUCAAAGCGCGCGUGCAUGGAAUCCAAGAGGAAGCGAGGGGCGAAGGCGUCCUCUCCAAUGCGAACGGCGAUGGUGCGCAUCAAGAUGUAGACGAAGCGGUCAACACGACGCGACAAGGUGAAGACACACCUGCCCCUGCCCCUCAUGACGAAGCAUCUGCUGCUGCAUCCUCCUCGGAAUCGGCGCACACGCCCAGCUACCAGACGUCUUUUCUGCAAGACUACGCCGUCUCGCUGGUCAAUGUGAGCAACCUAGAAGCGCAGCCGUACAGCAAGCAGUCGCAAGUCGUGCGCGCGGUCAUGGCCGAGCUGAUCAGCGUCUUCAAGGACAUCGCGACGAUGAACCCGCUGUUCCGGGACCAGAUCGCCAAUUUCAGCAUCAGCCAGGGUGCCGGCAACGUCUUCGACGAGCCGGAGAAGCUCGCGGACUUUGCCGCGGCGGUCAGCAGCGGCGAGGUGGGCGAGUUGCAGGCGGUGCUUGAGGCGCUCAACGUCGAGGACCGACUGCAGAAGGCGCUGCUGGUCCUUAAGAAGGAGUUGAUGAAUGCGCAACUUCAGAGCAAGAUCUCCAAGGAUGUUGAGAGCAAGAUCCAGAAACGCCAGCGCGAGUACUACCUGAUGGAACAGCACAAAGCCAUCAAGAAGGAGCUGGGCAUCGAGAGCGAUGGCAAGGACAAGAUGGUGGAGAAGUUCAAGGAGAAGGCUGCCGAGCUGCGCAUGCCCGAGGCGGUCCGGAAGGUGUUUGACGAAGAGCUCAGCAAACUGCAGACCCUCGAGCCAGCUGCAAGCGAGUUUAACGUGACCCGCGGAUACCUCGAGUGGCUCACCAACAUUCCCUGGGGCGUGCACUCGCCGGAGAACUACUCGAUCGCCAACGCGGCUGGCGUGCUUGACGAGGAUCACUAUGGCCUGAAGGACGUCAAGGAUCGCAUUCUCGAGUUCCUUGCGGUUGGUAAGCUCCGAGGCAGCGUCGAAGGCAAAAUCAUCUGCCUCGUUGGCCCUCCCGGUGUUGGCAAAACGUCAAUCGGGAAAUCCAUCGCGCGCGCUGUACAGCGUCAAUUCUUCCGCUUCUCUGUCGGCGGCCUCAGCGACGUGGCGGAGAUCAAGGGGCACCGCCGCACGUACGUUGGCGCCAUGCCGGGAAAAGCGAUCCAGGCUCUCAAGAAGGUUGGCACAGAGAAUCCGCUGAUCCUGAUCGACGAGGUGGACAAAAUCGGACGCGGCCAUAACGGCGACCCUUCCUCGGCGCUACUAGAGAUGCUUGAUCCGGAACAAAAUGGCUCAUUCCUCGAUCACUACAUGGACGUCCCAGUCAAUCUCUCGCGCGUCCUGUUCGUCUGCACGGCGAACACGCUCGACACGAUCCCGCAACCGCUGCUUGACCGCAUGGAAGUGAUUGAAGUGUCCUCGUACACGGCUGACGAGAAGCGACACAUCGCGCGCAACUACCUUGCUCCGCAGGCCAAGGAUACGUCCGGGCUCAAAGACGCCAACGUCAACCUUCCGGACGAAACGAUUGACUUCUUGAUCAAGCACCACGCGCGCGAGUCUGGAGUCCGCGGCCUGCGCAAGUUGCUCGAGAAGGUUUACCGGAAGAUCGCGUUUAACAUCGUCAAGGAGCAUGGAGAGAGCGUCAUUCCCGAGCCGGCGGACGAGACUGCGCCUCAGGGCGAGGUUGCUGCUACUGCAAACAAGGAUGCACCAGUCCAUAACGAUACAGCACGAGCGGUUGGUAGCAUCGCGAGUGACUCGCAGUCUGUGACAUCUUCGUCUACGCCGGAGGACGCGUCAUCUGUGCAGUCUUCGGACCGCUCAGAGGGAGACAAGCCGCUAGCAGCAUCGCAGUCGUCGUCCUCGAGGACAAGCGCGAGCAACGGUAGCGAGAAACCCACGGAGACUGAGGAAAUGGACGGGAUGAAGGCGGAGGUGGGUACACAAGCACGCAAUACGCCGCCGAGCCCGGCGCCAAAAGUGACGACGCAGCAGCGCAAACCGAUGGCGGUGCCGCCUGAAGUCAAAGUAGAGAUCACGGUCGAGAGCCUGCACGACUACCUCGGCCCGCCGGUGUACCACAAAGACAGGCUAUACACCAAGACAAUGCCCGCAGGCGUGUCGACAGGGCUCGGCUACCUUGGCAACGGCUCAGGCUCGCUGAUGCCGAUCGAAACGACAAUCAUGCCGGGAAAGGGCGGGCUUCAGCUGACGGGCAAGCUGGGUGAUGUGAUCAAGGAGUCUGCGAGCAUCGCGCUCAGCUGGCUCAAAUCGCACGCGCAUGCGCUCGGCAUUACCAAGGAUGAGGCAGAAAACCUGCUCGAGAACAAGGACGUGCACCUGCACAUGCCCGAAGGAGCCGUCGGCAAGGAUGGCCCCAGCGCGGGUGUUGCGUUCACCACGAGCCUCGUUAGCCUGCUGACGGGCCGCACCCUGCCGACGACGCUCGCCAUGACGGGUGAGGUGUCUCUGCGCGGAAUGGUCCUUCCCGUCGGCGGCCUCAAGGAGAAACUGCUCGCGGCGCACCGUGCGGGAAUCAAGAAGGUGAUCCUACCCGCUCAGAACCAGCCAAACGUCGAGGCGGACGUGCCCAAAGCUGUGCUGAAUGACCUGGAGGUGCACUAUGUGCACAACGUCUGGGCGGCCUUGGACGUCGCAUUCGGUGAAGGCCCGUGGUCGGCGCGGGCGCAGGAGCUCAAGGCGGAGGAAGAGCAGGAGCAGCCGGGGCCGGAGCGGGUUUAAGGGGGCGGCAUAUGUCGGAUAUGACGGAGACCCGCACGGGUUGGGCCAUGACGGUGGCACUAACCAGGACAAACAUUUCGUGGAGCUCUUUCUACGUGUACCAUAUGGUACACCUCGUACCUGUAGCACCAUUGCAGAAAUAGACAGGCCAUCACCAC